CAGCGUGAACUUCUAUGAAUUUCAAAAACUCACGCGCCAUGGUUGUUUUUCUUCCGUUGAGCAGUAAGUUGUUUUUAGUGGACGGCCAGAAGAGGACGUUUGUUUUAAAAGUUUAUUUAAAGAACAAGAUACCUGAACAUGGAUUCUAAGUUUGCUCACCUGCGCCUCCGGGACACCAGUGUGUCGAUGCUGAGGGUAAAAAUGUCCCGCAGGAGGUCCCAGUCCCAGAAGGAGAACCGGGAACGGGCCAUGAACACACGCAGGCAGUUGGCCGAUCUCCCAGAGCUGGAAAUGUCUUCCCUGGAUGCCUCCAUCGCGAGGGCCAACAUGUCAACAAUCCAAGAGAAGACACUGAACAAUGCAAAAUCUUCUAAAAAUGUGGCUAGAGAAGAGAGGUUGAAACAACUUGAGCGCUGGAAAGAGCGCAAGGUUCUUGAGAAGGAGAAGGACAAGAGAGAAAAGGAGCGUAAAGGGGUUUUUAAGACGGGCACGUAUCAUCCAACGGACACCCUGACCAUCGCCCCUCUGCCCGUCGUGGUCCCAUGUGGCUCAACCAGAGCUAAGGAGACCAAAGUGAAUAUAGCUCCGUCCCAGAGCACCAGAGUCACUCGUUCAAUGAAACCGCAAGUGCAGAGGCCUCUGAGGACGCACGCUCAAAAUACUACGGCAAAGAAAGCUCAACCUGCUGUGGAAAGGUCAACCCGGAGCCGGGCCGCUCCCGUCAAGCUCGCCCCUGCACCUGCUAUUUCCAAGAAGAACGUUUGUGCAGUGGAGCCUGUCGUACGAGCUUCGUCGACCAGAUCAGCCAACAGGCCUCCUGUUACAGCAGCUCCUGUGCUGAAAGACGAACCUAAGGGCAAGUCUGCAGAUGUAAGAAUCACAAGGAGCAGAGUGUUUGUCAGCCAUGUGGCCCCCCCUUCUGACCAGGAGAGCAACUGUAAAGCAGCAGCUGUGGACGCUGUGGAGCCUGCUGCGCCCAAGGAGCCCGAGAUGCAGAGUCCAGAGGAAGAAGCUCGUCCCCUCAGCCCGGCCCCCUGCUCUGAGGAGGAGGACAUGGUUGUGGAUCAAGCUCCGGCUGACUCUGUCCCCGCUGCGGACCCCGUUGAUGCGCCGCCCUCUUUAUCUUCUUUUGCUCCAAAGGGUUUUAUUUUCCAGGCUCCCACUGGCUUGUCGUCCUUCAAGUUCGAUCCUCUCACUCCUCGCUCGGCAGACGUCUUCCUGAAACCAAGCACCAGCUUCGCUCUCCUAGUGGUCCCCUCUUACAACGCUGAGCCAAGCAAGUCCUCUCCCCCGAAAUCCCCUCGCCGCUCUCCUCAGCGUACAUCUCCCACGAUGGCCUCUCCGACUCCAGGCAGCCCCCUGGACUCAAAGCAUGACGUACGAUACUUCAGAUCGGAAAUUGCCAAAGAGACGGUCGGACUGACGACUCUGUCUGUUAGCUGGGAGGCUAAAGUGGAGGAUGAGUCCAUCCCAGAAGAGAUGAGAGACAGUAUGCGUACAGCAGUAGGCCAAGCGAGGCUGUUGAUGAAGGAGCGCUUCAAACAGUUUGGAGGUCUGGUGGACGACUGCGAGCUGGGCCGAGGGGAGCAGAUCACCACCUGCACCGACCUGCAGGGAUUCUGGGACAUGGUGUAUUACCAGGUCGAGGAUGUCUACAAGAAGUUUGACGCUCUCAAAGAAGCGGAGAGCCGAGGCUGGGUGGAGGAGCACAAGCCCGCACCGCCGCGACAGAGGAAAGUGGCGAAGAAACCAUCAGCUGCACCUGCGAAGCCAGCAGGAACUAAAGCAGGAGCAGCCAAGUCUCGCCUGGCUGCUGUGAAAGCAGCAAUGAAAGCCAAACAGCAGGCGGCGGAGGCUGUGACCGCAGCAAAGGAUGCUGGUACCGCUGAGGACAACCCCAGCACGAGUGCUCAGGAGCCAGAACCCGAAGCAGAGCGCCGGCCGACUGAACAAGUGGUCUUUGAUGGAGGCUUCUUCCAGGUGGAGAGCCCGGCCAGACCAUCAGAAGGUUCAGUGAGGAGAUCCAGUCGCCUGAGUGCUGCUGUGCUGCCUCAGGCCUCUCCCUGCUCCAACUACCUCUCACCUAGAAGAGUCACUCGGAGAUCUCUUGCGCUGACACAGACCCCCCUUCACACCGCCGCCUCCCCCGCUCAGCCACCAAUCUACACUCCUGCCCACUUCCGUCUUACCCUCAGCCAAACCCCAGCACAAACCCUCAAGUCUCUGCGUGGCACCCCUCAGUCAAACAGAAAGGAAAAUGUCUCCCUUUGUUUCUCACCGGUCGAGGAUGUGCGCUCAGAUGACACCCGGGCUGCAGGAAGCUCUGCACCACAAACGGGCUCCGUGCAGGAAAACGCUGCUUCUGUCCCUGAAUUGAGCGCACCUGCACAGUCAUUGCCGUCCAUUUCUGUAGUGGAUGAGCAAGAGGAAGCAGCUGAGGCAUUCGAUGUGGACGUCUCUUCAAGACUUUCCUUCUCUCCAUGCAAAACGGCCUCCCAGGCCCCUGAGCCCUCUCUGAGUUUCACAUUGUCCCCCUGCGUGACUCCCUGCCAGCCUCCCGUCUCCCCUCCUGCUGUGCAGGGCCCCGUGGAGGCCCAGCAGUCUGUGUGUCACACACCCGACCGCUCGGUGGUUGAGGAAAUUCCCGGGUUGGACUUUGAGCGUUACCUCCAGCCGUCGCAGAGAUGCAGCCUGUCACCGCGGGAGACGGUUGCCAUAGAGACACUGUCCCCCAUGGUGGUGGAUGUAGAAAUGGAGAGUCCCAGAGGUCAAUCAGGGGACCUGCUUUCUCAGAGGGAACCAGCACGUCCAGCGGUGCCUUCAGUGUUCACUCUUCAGUCACCACAGGCCCAGACAGCCGAGUCGGCCAUGCUCCUCUUCACCCCGGACCUGAAGGACCGGAUACGGCAGUCUGUCUGUCCGAGUGACCUUAUGGUCUUCACCCCUCCGCUCUGAUGUGUUUCUUUUAUAUCUUUACAUAUCUUAUCUUUUCUACAUAUACAGACUACUUUAUUUACUUUGGAAGAAAACAAAAUGUAUCGAGUGAUUCGGAGUUCUAUUUUUAGAUUGCUGAAAAAUAGUUUCGUCUUAUAAUUAAAGUUCUAGUUACAACAAGGAAAA